UUGUCUAUAAGGCCCCUCUGCUGUUUCAUAUGCUUUCCCUCUUUUUGUUGUUCAACAACAAACAUACCCACAAACAAAAGGAAAAGUGAAAAUGGUGUCCAUAAGGUUUAGCAGCUUUGUACUUGGAAUUUUGUUCAUUUUCCUAGCACUAAGGGACUCUGUAGCAUACAACCACAAAGCUAAGGAAGAAAUGAUAAUGGUGGUCACUGAUGGAAAUGCUUUCAUGGCCAUAGGACACAGUCCUUCCACUCUUGAAAAGGAAAAUAUAUAUGCCGUGCCUAGUGCAGUUGUUGAAGUUAACAAUGGAAAACUUGGAGGAAGAAAAAUGAUGGAGAAAGUGGUUUUGGGGAAAGAGAUGGUGAAAAGAGAGGAAGGCAUGAAAAUCAGAGAAGCUCCAAAGAUUUCAGGAAGGAAUAUGAAUGUGCCAAAGCCCCAUGGAACCUCACAAGGCCACAUGCAUCAUCAGAAUGAUGCAAGCUUAUUAAAGCCCAAGCAAUUGGGCUCCAAAAGACUGGGCAAUUCAGUGAAGGAGUCAGUUGAUCUCCACAAACCCAACACACUAUGCUCCCAAGAUUCUGAAGCUGACACAAGUAAGGACAGAUCGGCAUGUUCAAUGCCUAAAGUCUCAAAAGAACUAAUUGAUUCAUUUCAAAAUCUUCAAUCCCAAAAGCUUCUUGAUGAGACCUCCUCUGGGAUUGUGAACCUAAUGAAUAGAGACUAUCCAGGAGCAGGUAAUCCUCCUCACAACAAUUAUGAGCUUUUGCAUCAACAAAAGGAGAUACCUUAGCUUAGCUCUGUUUCACAAUUUUGCUGAAGAAUAGAGGGUUUUCAUGUUCUCAUAACGAAAUGUUGAAGAGGGUAUCAAUUUUGUUAGUUUCAUGAGACUUAUGGUAAAGUUGUGGACCUAUCAUUUUAAAACUAAAAAAAUCAAAUCAAUCGAUAU